CCCAGUUCCCCCAACUAGGCCGCCCCGCGCUCCUUCCCUCCCUUCCCCGCCCCAGUCCCGCAGUCCGGGAGGCGGGGGUCAGCGACCCAGCUGAGUGGGAGCCGCGCGGUGUCCGAGGAGCCAGUCGGCGACCGCUUCGCGCGGCCAGCGUCUGCCGCCGUGAAGAACGCCUCCCUAGCAACUAGUGACGCAGAGGCCCAGCGGAGCAAGGGAUUGGCCGGCCCGCGUCCGCUGCUGCCGCGCGGCCUGCUCCUCCCAGGCCUUGCCUUCCGUCUGUCCUCGCCAGUCUUCCCGCUGUGACCUUCGUUGCUGGCGGCCCCAAGACGCGGAUAUCACCAGGCUGAGUCCGAAUAAAAGGGCAGCGGCAGCCUCCAGGUCCCGACCAUAUUAAACGCCCCUUACUCUACACUACGUUUUUGGUGCCCUGUCUUGCCCUUCGCGUGGGCUGGCGCCUAGGGCAAAGAGUUGAGGUGGGCCCAGGGAUGGGAAAUUUCGUCCAAGGAGAAUCUGACCAGCAACUCGUGACGAAAACUAACUGAGGCGCCCGGGAUUGGCUGCGCUGCGGCGGGGGGCCCGUGAAGGUGACCUGCUCAGAUUUUCUUCCAGGCAUAGACCCUUUCCUUCAAGGGCAAGCUCCAGUAUGGGGGCACAGCACACCCUGCUCCAGAGGCACAGAGAGAGAAUAUCCUACAUCAGCCACUCCUGCCCAAUAGUACGGACGGGAGCAGAUGCUUCAGAGCCCACUCCUGCAGGGCUCAUGGUACAUGGUAAACCUAGCUGCAGCCCACCUCUGAAACAGCCGCAGCACCUGCCAUGAGAAAAGGAACCCCGGAAUCUACAGACCAACUUUCCAGGCCUCUCUCCCUUCCCUUUGCUACUGCCCCCUUUCUAUGCCUUAAAAAUAACUCAGAUGGAGAAGGUGGACUCCAGACUGUGAGUGGCACUCUGCACCCUGAGGGCUCCAGACCUGGCCCUCACCAUGUUCGCUGCCUCAGAGGUGGCAGUAGGCAGGCCUUAUGGGUGCAGUGAGUGUGGCAAGAGCUUCCGCUACAGUUCAGUGCUGCUGCGGCAUGAGCGCGUCCACAGUGGUGACAGCAGCUUCCGCUGCCUAGAGUGUGGCGAGCGAUGCGCAGAGGCCUCAGACCUCCGUGCACAUAGACGCGCUCACGCGGGCCAGACGCUCUACAUCUGCAGUGAGUGUGGCCAGAGCUUCCGCCACAGCGGCCGCCUUGACCUGCACCAGAGCGUACACAGGCGGCGCAUCCGCUCCUGCCGCUGCCGAGUUUGUGGUGGAUGCUUUCCACACCUCCCGGCUCUGCUGCUGCACCGGCGCCGCUGGCACCCUCCUGAGAGGCCCCAACGCUGUCCGCUGUGCCCUCGAGCCUUCCGCCAGAGCGCGCUGCGCUUCCACCUGGCACGGGCGCACCCAUGGGGAACACCUACUGUGCCUGCUGACACACUCCACUGCUGCACACAGUGCUCACGGGCUUUCCGCAGCAGCGCUGGACUUCGGAGCCAUUUGCGUGUCCACGCAGCCAGGAGCCCCAGUGACUCCAUACCCCUGCAGCCAGGUGCUCCGGACACACACCAGUGUGGUGUAUGUGGCAAGAGCUUUGGCAAGAGUUCCACGCUAACGCGACACCUGCAGACGCACUCAGGUGAGAAACCUUUCAAAUGCCCGGAGUGUGGCAAGGGCUUCUUGGAGAGCGCUACACUGGUGCGCCAUCAGCGCACACACACGGGCGAGAAGCCUUAUGCCUGCGGCGACUGCGGGCGACGCUUCAGUGAGAGCUCCACGCUGCUGCGCCAUCAGCGCAGCCAUCAGGGAGAGCGGCCACAUGCCUGUGCCACAUGUGGCAAGGGCUUUGGGCAGCGCUCAGACCUGGUGGUGCACCAGCGCAUCCACACAGGUGAGAGGCCCUUCCCAUGUACUGAGUGCGGCCGCUGCUUCAGCGACCGCUCAGACCUCACAAAGCACAGGCGCACACACACAGGUGAGAAACCCUACCGCUGUGAGUUGUGUGGCAAGUGCUUCACAUGCAUCUCCAACCUCAAUGUGCACCGGCGCAACCAUGCUGGCCACAAGCCCCACAAGUGCCCUGAGUGCGGCAAGGCCUUCAGUGUGGGCUCCAAGCUGGCACUGCACCGCAAGACGCACCUGGGCGAGCGGCCAGCGGAAUGUGCGGAGUGUGGCAAAUGUUUCAGCCACAGCCGCUCGCUGUCACAGCACCAGCGAGCUCACAGGCGUGCUCGUGCCUCCACUGCUCCUGCUGCCGCUGCCACUCAGCCCAAGGCAGGCACUGCGCUCAUAGUUGCUGGGCAAGCAGGACAGGAAAAGCCAGGGCUUUUUUUGUCUCAGUUGAGAGAGACUUGUUGAGACUUCUCUGGAGUGGGCUAGACAAGCACUCAUACAAUGCCACAGGGACGGUAGGACAACUCGCAGACGGAGGUCUGUGGAAAGACAGCAUGGCCUAUCACCUUUCUCCAUCUCUCUCGUUAGGACUUCACCUGGCUUCUCGCUGCGCCCCUACACCUGCGUCCCUUCUCAGCUCUUUGCCUGUUCUCAGCCCUUCCUUCUUCCCCUCUGAGGUGCAGGUGUAGGACCCCAUGCGUAGAACAGCAUCCGAGUAUCGAUGUGUUGCAUCCCUGCUGCUGUGCUCUCAGGUCUUCUCUUAUUCCAUCUCCUUUUUGCGGCCUGAGUCCCCUCUACCUUUUCUUUCUGGGUACUUUUGGUAUCCUGUCUCUUCAGGUAAUGACUGUUGAUGUGGCUAGAGUCACAUCCUACCAGCCUUGUGGUCUUCUUGCCUCUUCCUAUCACUUAGCUGUUAAGUCUCUUGCUGCUUUUUCCCUCAGCUUCUGAGAGAUGGGAAAUUUGCAGAGAAAUAGUGGGAGAGCUCACUUUUCUGAACGAUAUCUCCACACCAGAAGAACUCAGAGACGUGCUUCACAGCAUGUAAAGGUGGGCAUGAGCCCUCAGCAUGGCUGCCCACCUGUCUCAUGGGACAGACCUGUUGGUAUACAGAUCAGGGUGCUUCUCAGGGUAGUGUUCUCCAAGUAGGGGACAAUAGCCUGGGACCUGAGUCAAGACCACAUGGGUCCACAAAGCUGGGCACUGCCAAGUGGAGUAAGAAUGCUAUGUACAAAUCAUGCUUGGAACCAUGGGAAAACAGCUCCACAGAGGCCACAGUGCAGGGUUGAAAAUUCCCUGGAAUUGGCCUUUUUUUUUUCUUGCAGAUGGUGAAAUAAAGAAUUGUUUG